AUGGGGAGGAGUACCCGACUCUGCCUCCCCUUGCAGGUCUUCCAGUAUAUCUUCCGAACGUUCCUGGGGCUCCGGUUUUUAGACGAUGUCUUGGAGAAGGAAGAUCUCGACGUUUCCCUUAGGCUAUUCGUGCAUCAUCCACUCAUCUGCCGCAUUUUCCUGGACGGGUGGCAUUACGAAGCCCCAACAUUGUUUGACACUCCGGACGGAGAGGACGAGCAGAUUUGGACUCAUCGAAGCAUUGCCAAGGAGAAGAAAAACCCAAGGGGACUACACACACUAGAGAACCAGAGAUUGUCAGGAUUGUCUGCCGUCAUUUCUCCCGUGGCGACCCGGCAAUCAUUGUCACCUAAUCAUAGACCUCGUGCCAUGCACGAAAAUAGGCAUGUUGGCCUUCCUGCUGGGAAGAACGCAUGUAAGGCGUUGGCAAUCCAGAAUUAUCAUUGGGCCCGCGAUGGCAAUGAGACAGCAUGA